ACCAUCAUGUCCGAAGAUCACAAGGAUUUUGAGACCAGUCCUGUGGCUGAAACAUCCAAGAAGGGCAGAAGCCAUAACGAAGAGAACCAAAACUCUACUCUUUUCGUCUCCUCUCUUCCCUAUAACGCAACAACCACCGAUCUACUGACGCAUUUCUCUUUCAUCGGUCCCGUACGGCAUGGAUUCGUAGCGACAGAUAAGACAAGCGGGAAAAGCAAAGGAGUCGGAUAUGUCACUUUUUCUUUGCGGGAGGACGCGGAACGAGCGAUUGAAGAGUUGGAUGGAGGGGCAUUUGGAGACAAGGGCAGAAAACUGAGAGUCUCGUGGGCAGACAGAAGACCUGCUCAAGAUGAGAGAUCCUCUCGACCGGUCAAGAAACCCAAGGUCGAACCCGUCGACACCACAGAAGCCCCGGUCGAUCCCAAUGCAACGCGUACACUGGUGAUCACCGGUCUGCCUGCGGAUCUGACGAAGGCUGUAUUGUGGAAGAGAAUCCGAAAGGUGCAUGAGCAAGCCGAAGUCACCUUCCCUGUCGACGGACGACCUGAGACUGCGUAUGUGCUCAUGCCGACUCUCGGAGAGGCUCUGAAAGCCGUCCCAAAGCUUCAUGGGCAUACAUACAAGGGUGCAGUGCUAUCUUGCGUCCUCAAACGGAAGCUGGACAAAGCAGGUACCACCAAGGAUGGCAAAGGAGCAAGCCAUGCGGGAAGAUUGAUUGUGCGGAACCUGGCUUGGGAUACCACUGUCCAGGACCUUCAGCGGACGUUCCUGCCCUACGGUCCUAUCCAUUCCAUCGAUCUGCCUACUCUGCCGUCCAAACUGCCCAGCACUUCUGCCAAGCCUGCUCCGCCCCGAGCAAGAGGCUUCGCCUUCGUAUGGUUCAUGGACAGGAAGCAUGCCGAAAAGGCCAUGACAGGUGUCAAUGGUAAGGCCAUUCAGCGUGCAGGGGGAUCAAAGUCCAAAAAGGUUACUGCGGAGGAGGACCGCAAGGUGGCUGUGGAUUGGGCCUUGAGCAAAGACAAGUGGGAGAAGUCUCAGAAUACCCCUGGAGAUGUAAAAAUUGAGGAGGAGACUGAGGACUCUGAUGCCGUUUCAGGCAGCAGUGUAGAGGGGGAAGAGCCUGGAAACGACUCAAAUGCGAGCGAGGACAAUGUAGAUGUCAAGGAAGAGGCGGAUGCGGAGGGUGGAGAGGACGAUCUGGAGGAUGUGGACGAGGAGAAGCCUGUCAAGCCCUUAUUACCGGCUGUCGAUGUUGGCUCUACACUCUUCAUUCGGAAUCUGUCGUUCGAAGCGACCGAGCCAGAGCUCUCAGAUCUUUUUCGUUCUUUCGGGCCUCUGCGCUAUGCUCGAAUCACCAUGGACAAAUUGACGGGUCGAUCUCGUGGAACUGGUUUCGUUUGCUAUUGGAAGAAAGAAAGCGCAGACGCGGCCAUUGCUGAAUCCGAGCGAGUCGCUCAGGAGACCGGAGCAAAUGCCCAGCCGCUUGGAGGAAAGAAUCCGUUCGCCCUUCCGUCAGUUCUUACUGUCGAUCCAUCUUCAUCUCUUGCCAAUCGGUUGGUCCUGCAUGGUCGGACCCUGGAAGUCGGUCGAGCAGUCACUCGUGAGGAAGCGGGGCAGAUGAAGGAGGAUGGAGAGCGAGCCCGCAAUGCGGGUGACAAGCGAAAUACUUACCUUAUGCGAGAAGGAGUGGUCUUUCCUAACUCUCCCGCCGCUGCGACUCUCCCUGAAGCGGAAGUUGAGAAGCGUCAGGCAUCUUUCAAUGCUCGACGGACGCUCUUGCGGUCUAACCCUUCUCUCUACAUCUCUAAGACUCGUCUAUCCAUUCGCCAGCUUCCACUCUUUGCGACAGAUCGUACGCUGAAACGCUUGGCAAUUCAUGCUGUUCGUGCAUUUGACGAAGAGGUAAAGGCCGGCACACGAGAUGGUCUCUCAAGGGCCGAGGAGCUGGACUCGACCCUCUCCCCUGCAAUCGCAGCGCGGAAAGACAAGUCAAAGGGCAAAGGAAAGCAACGUGGCGAGCGAGAGACUGCCGUCAUCCAGUCCAAGGUUGUCAGGCAGAGCGAAAAGCUCGACCCGCUCUCUGGUCAAGGCCGAUCGAAAGGCUAUGGGUUUCUAGAAAUGAGAUCUCACCACGAUGCUCUCAAGGUUUUGAGAUGGGCCAACAAUAAUCGCGAGGUCGGUCAGCUGUUCAGCGUGUGGCAUAAGGAAGAGAUGGCGGAUUGGCUUGAAAAGUGCAAAAAGGGCCUCGAGGUUGCGAGAGGGAAGAAGGACGAGCAGCAGAUAGAGGAGCUCGAGGGGAGACUGAAGCGAUUGGACCAUAGACUUGGGGAGAAGGAUGUCAAAGAUGGAGGCAUGCGUGGUGGAAAGACCUUAUUGAUCGAAUUCAGUAUCGAGAAUGUUCAGGUCGUCAAACGCCGAGUGGACAAGAUCGCCGCCGUCCGCAGCGGAGACUUCGUCCCGAAAUCCAUGCGAGAAGACAAGAAGAGAAAGGCCGAGGAGUCUGGCGACGAGGCUGAGCCACGUCAGACUAAGUCGGUGAAGCGAUCCAAGGGAGACAAGGGUAAAGACCGCAAAGGUUCAAGAAAAGCGUCUCGCCCCGUCGAGAAUGACGAGCCGGCAGCACCUGUGGAAGGUGAGAAGCGGGGCUUGGAAAAGCUGGGCAAACAGCUAGGCAGCCUGAUUGGACGCAAGAGGAAGAUGCGCAAGGGCGGAAAGUAGGCCGUGUCAUGUGUCCCAUUGAUAUGUGCAA